UUCCUCACCUACAUCUACUACAACAUUAGAUUCUGAGGAACAGAAAAAAUUAAGCAGCGACUCAACUCUUACUAUACCGUCUACUAGCAGUGAAGGGCUAAACGUUUCUGAAAAUACUUGGAUUCAUUUUAAGAUUCCUUGGGAAAAAUUAACACGAUCUACUAUCGAUUCCCUUGAAAAAAGUCAGUGCGAUAAACAAACCAGAAGAAAAGUUGUUAACGUUAUUGUUGAUAAUAUGUUAGAUAUAAGUAACGAAAUACCAACAAAGACCUUUCAAAUCAUCGCUCAUAAACUAGUGGCAAAAUAUCCUAAAUCUUUCCAAGAUUAUGACGAUGACGGGAUGGUAAUUGGAAAUGGUUUAAUUACUAUCUGCAAUCAGCUCAAAGAAAGGUACAAAUACCUAAAAGUUACACAUAAAAGAAACUCCCCAGUUGAAUCAACACUCCCAGUCCCAAUUAAUAAAAGAAAAAAGUUGUUGUCUGCAAAAGCAGGUUGCGUGGAUUGGCAGCCAUCUCCAUGUGGCUCAAACGAAGACAAUGAAAUAAAAGAAAAACUAAAAGAAAUUGAUUUGGAAAACUGGUCUGACGAGAGUGUGAUGGAGUUAUUACAAAAGAGUUACGCACAGCAACGAUAUUUUAUUAAUAAAACUCCCACUGUAAUUGAUAUCAAAAAUGAAUGGCCAAUUUUGCUAAAGUCAGUAGGAAUUAAAUUCCAUUUCAAAAGAUUAAUGAAUAAAAGUAUAGAUUUGUUAUCUAAAAAUUUAUUUUUGAAAUCCGAAAACAUAAUUAAUUUUGGUAUCAAGAGACAUAUUAUUAAAAGCAGACCAACGGAAAAUAAUGAAAUUAUUAAAUGUGUUCUAAGUAUAAUUUCCAAAUAUUUUGCUGAAGACGUAUGUGAAAUUUUCAGCGAAGAAGAGGAUUUCUCUAGUUUAGAAGACAUAAUAUCACCAAAAAUAAUAACAAAGACCGAAGGUGAUGGAACAAAGCGUUACAAUAUCGUCAUGGAACAAGAAAUUAUUAAUACAUAUUUAGAGAUGGAUCAAGCGUUAAACGAAGUGUUUGCCUUAUAUUUCAUGUUUAAUUUGGAAUAUCCAAAAAAAAGUUCGUUAACAUGGGAAUUCAUUCAGUUCUUUUUCCUAAAAAUAUAUCCCCAAAUAGGAUCCAAGAAUUUAAAAAAAAAUUCGCAAACAAAAAUUAUUGGAUUUUUUCAUAAACUACAAAAGGUUAACAGUCUUAUUGUCUAAGAAUCGGUAACACCCGUUACCAGGAGUUAUAACAUUAUGAGUUAUUUUUUAGUUAUCAUAUAGAACAUUUUUUUAUUUUUAUACAACUA